GACAUAAACAAACACAAUAAGCAUUAUUAACAAAAUACAAUAGCAAUGGCAACAAAUGUUAAGCGCUACAGACGUGCAUCCAAGUCCUCCGAUGACGAGGAGAAGGAGGAUAGCUAUGUGCCCUAUGUGCCGGUCAAGGAGCGCAAGAAGCAGCACAUGAUGAAACUGGGUCGCAUUGUUCAGUUGGCAACGGAACAAAACCAGCCAAAAUCCUCCAGUGAGAAUGAAAACGAUGACGACACACAGGGCGCACAGGAUGCCGAGACCUGGGGCCGCAAAUACAACAUUAGUCUGCUCGACCAGCACACGGAACUGAAGAAAAUUGCCGAAGCCAAAAAGCUGAGCGCCGUGGAGAAACAGUUGCGCGAGGAGGAGAAGAUCAUGGAGAGCAUAGCACAGCAAAAGGCGCUGAUGGGCGUCGCCGAGUUGGCCAAGGGCAUACAGUACGAGGAGCCGAUUAAGACUUCGUGGCGGCCGCCACGCCACAUUCUGGCCAUGUCGGAGGAGGAACGCCAGGAGAUACGCAAAGAGCUGAGAAUUCUGGUUGAGGGCGAGAAUCCCAGUCCGCCCAUCCAAAGUUUUCGUGAGAUGAAAUUCCACAAGGCCAUAAUGAAUGGACUCGCUGCCAAGGGCAUUAAAAAGCCAACGCCGAUUCAGGUGCAAGGAUUGCCGACGGUGCUAUCGGGUCGAGAUCUGAUUGGCAUUGCCUUCACCGGCUCUGGCAAGACGUUGGUCUUUGUGCUGCCCAUUGUGAUGUUUGCACUGGAGCAGGAAUUCCGUUUGCCCUUCGAGCGCAACGAGGGACCAUAUGGACUCAUCGUUUGCCCCUCGCGUGAGCUGGCCAAGCAGACGUACGACAUCAUCCAGCACUACAGCAAGCAUCUGCAGAUGUGCGGCAUGCCCGAGAUACGCUCCUGCCUGGCCAUGGGUGGACUGCCCGUCAGCGAAGCCCUCGAUGUCAUCUCACGUGGCGUGCACAUUGUUGUGGCCACUCCCGGUCGUCUUAUGGAUAUGCUCGAUAAGAAGAUCUUGACAUUGGAUAUGUGUCGAUAUUUGUGCAUGGACGAGGCGGAUCGCAUGAUUGACAUGGGCUUCGAGGAGGAUGUGCGCACCAUAUUCUCCUUCUUCAAGGGUCAGCGACAGACGCUUCUCUUCUCCGCCACAAUGCCCAAGAAGAUUCAGAAUUUUGCCCGCUCGGCUCUUGUCAAACCGGUUACGAUCAAUGUGGGACGUGCCGGUGCCGCCUCCAUGAACGUCAUCCAGCAGGUGGAGUAUGUGAAGCAAGAGGCAAAGGUUGUCUACCUGCUCGACUGCCUGCAGAAGACGGCGCCGCCUGUGCUCAUUUUUGCCGAGAAGAAACAGGAUGUGGACUGCAUACACGAGUAUCUACUGCUUAAGGGUGUCGAAGCGGUGGCCAUACACGGUGGCAAAGAUCAGGAGGAACGUUCUCGGGCCGUCGAGGCAUAUCGUAUGGGCAAAAAGGAUGUACUGGUGGCCACAGAUGUGGCGUCCAAGGGUCUCGAUUUUCCCAAUGUGCAGCAUGUGAUUAACUAUGAUAUGCCCGAUGAUAUUGAGAACUAUGUGCAUCGCAUUGGUCGUACGGGUCGAUCCAACACCAAGGGACUGGCCACCACAAUGAUCAACAAGAUCACGGAGCAAUCUGUGCUGCUCGAUCUCAAGCAUCUGCUGCUCGAGGCCAAACAGGAGGUGCCCGAUUUCCUUGAUGAACUGGCGCCCGAAGCAGAGCAUCAGCAUCUGGAUCUGGGCGAUUCACAUGGCUGCAGUUAUUGUGGUGGAUUGGGCCAUCGCAUCACCGAAUGCCCCAAGCUCGAGGCGGUGCAGAGCAAACAGGCAUCCAACAUUGGCAGACGCGACUAUCUGUCCAACACGGCUGCCGAUUACUAGAUUUACUUGUAUGCUUAACUUAGACCAAGUACUUGGACAAUAUUUAAAAGCUUCAACGAAAGCUGGGCAUUUUAUAUAAAGUGAUCGCUCGACAAUGUUUCAGCGGUAAUUCUAGUUUAAUGUAAUGAAUAAUUUAAAGUUUAAACUUUAAUUGUAAGUGUAAACAAUUAUGUAAUAAAACGGCAUAUUACUCAUAACCCAUAAGGUUCCUGAUUGUAAUUUAUAAAAUUGUAAAUUUAAUCAUUUUUUUUAUAGAAGAAGCUAAUAAAAGUAAAAAUAAAUAAAAGUGUUGUCAACAAAU